CGCAGCGGCCGGCGCCAAACGCGCUGUGUGUAUCGCUCCUGCAACUGCAACUUUUUGCGUAUUUACAACGCGGAAAUGCGCUAAGUGUAUUAAGUGUUUUUAUAAGACGAUUAAUAAAAUUGAGUGAACAUAAAGUAUCUUUGUUGUUUGUACCACAGUCAUGGUCAAGGCGAUAUCAGUUGUUUAUUAGUGACUUUUGUUUGUGAUCUACCACUUAUGGAUUUGUUACAAUGUUCGUGUUUAUUCUAUAAGGAAGUGUGAUGCUGGAUUUAGUCAAAGACUAGAAAUUCAAGAGUCUACUAGAGCUGAGGAAUUGACCAGUACUAAUGUGGCCGCUAGAGCAGCAACAAAACUUAAUUCUACAGUUUUCCACCGAUAGAAAUGCGGUGGAGUUUCUGCAUUUCGGAUUUACUUGUGAUCUUUGCGGUCAUCAGCGUAGGCGCCUCCGUAGUCGCAGCAGACGGAAGCGCGGCGCCUGAAAAUGUGAACGUUACCGCCGCAGUCCCGGGCGGCGCAGCGCUGGGUGAACUAGCGGCAGCAGUGUUGCGGGCUACCGGCGUCCGCGCCCUGUCAGUUCUCCCACCUGCCGAAUGUAUGACUCGUGCGGACUCGCGAGCCUGUCGGCGGGCUAUUAUAGCGGAGCUCGCAGCCUCUCGCUUGCACGUGGCGUUGCUCACUGUACCCGCUGCCGCGGCACCCUCGGCCCCUCUCCUCCGGGAUGCCGGUCUCGAUGAACUCGGCGACAGCACGCCGCCUCUACGGAGAGUGUGCUACGCCGCACCGCCCGCUCGGUCUCUACUCGAUCUCGCCGACGAAAACAUCGCAGCCCAUUACUCGCUUAAGGCUAUUAAAAAGAGCACAACAACAAAGGAAUCUCAACUGGAACAAGCUUUAACCGUCCAAAAUAAAGGUUCAUGUAACGAAACAGUGGAAUAUUGUGCGACAGUCCUAGCCAGAGACAAGAGCGAAGCUGAGCUGCUCGUCUCGAUCGCCCUAUCGUACAAUUUGAAAGUGAACGUUAUUCCCGUUAGUGACUUUAACAUCACAAACUCCUCGAUCAAUUCGCACAUUUUUUGUGAUUGGGCUCCCGAAGGUAUCAGACUCAGCUCACCUUUUAAUGCUUUGGGUCCCACGCCGUGUAGAGGAGAUAUCGAAGCCAAAGAAUGUGCAUUCGAAAGUCGCCGCAUCCAAAAACUAGUUAACACCCGUGCAUUGGCACAUUCACCUAGCGGUUUACGGUCUCUAGCGCGCUUGUACCUCAACGGUGGAGAAUUCAAUGAGCUCGAAGCACUCUCACUUGCGUCUGGACCUACUGUGGCCGUCCGUCACUUUUUGCAAGCGCACCCCGCUCGGACAGUAGCCCGGCAGCUACGAGUGGCGGUACUGCUACCCAAUGCCACAUGCCGGGAAACCUACGACGCUCCUGCUCUUGCAGCUGCUGCUGCGCUAGCUGAAAGAGAUCUAGAAAAGCAAUGGUCAGGCGUAGUAAGAUUUAAGGUUGAAAUCUACGAUGAUCAAUGUGAUGCCGCAAGAGCGUACCAGUAUCUCAUAAACGCCCUUGGGAAUGGAGAUUACGGAGAGUUAUCUGGAGUAGCUGGCCCAGCAUGUGGCGCCGCAUACGCGGAUGUCGCUCGUCAGGGCCCGGGCCUGGGCAUGCCAGUGCUAGCCUACACCGCUCAAGUUCCACCUGCACCUCCGGCAGCGGCCCUCACACUACUCGCUGCUGGCGACGCUCGGGCACCAGCGGACGUGUUGGCUGCAUUGAUGCAAGCCCUGGGUUGGCGCCGCUUGAGCGCGUUAAGUGAGCCAGCUACUCGCCCUGUGCUGUCAGCUGUAGGACUUAAAACAGAAGUGGUCGCUCAUCGUGAGCUUCCUGCUGAUCACUCCGAUUAUGAUCCAGAUAUAUUUACUCAGUGGGCGGAACGAGUGGCACGUGCUAGCGGUCGUAUCGUGUUCGUCUGCGCGGAGGAUGCACGAGCCGUUCGAGCUGCUUUAUGUGCUGGCGGGGACGCUGGACUGACACCUACCGCUGGAGCCGUUUGGAUCCUACCUGCCACAUUACCUCGCACGUGGCUGACACCGACCUCAACUGAUCGCUGCACCGCGGAGAGGUUGCAGGAGAUGAUCGAUGGGCAUCUCAGCGUUGUGCCAGAAUGGAUGUUGCCUUGGCUGGAUAACAUAGUUGUGGAUACUGACAAUACUCAGGAAAACGGCUCGUCUACAAUAGAAGCUGCCGAUGAGGCUUGGAUCAAGCGUUGGCACACACAAUGUCGGUAUCUGGGUGCAAAAUGUACGCAAGCUUCGCCUCAUGCAGCGCUGCUGUAUGAUUCCCUGAAACUCUGGGCUGCGGCUUUGUCAAAGGCCUUAGUAUCUCGACCAGACACGCUCGAUGCUUUGCAUCAUCCUUCACUCGCAAGAGAACUCGUUAUGAAUGCCAGCAAAACCUCAUAUACUGGUCUUACCGGCGAUUUCGAGUGGGCUUCCGUGGGAGAAGAAACUGAAGGCGCAGCAUUCGCUCGUGCGUCACCCAUGGUUCUACUACAAUGGAAUGAAGGGAAGCGACACGUAGUCGGCCGUUACUCGGAUGGGCAACUCACUCUCCAAAAGGAGUUCAUUCAUUGGCGCACACCCGAUGGCCGAAUCCCUGACGACGGCGAUGAAGAUUGUGCGAUCAGACCACUCGCUAACUUUUUACAUAGCAACUGCCGAACUGCAUUUGUGACACUAGGAAUAUUGUCUUUGGGACUGGUGAUUAUUGCUUUAGCUAGUACAGCUCUAUACUGCAAACGUCGAGCCGAACGAGAAUACAGAGCUCGCCUCGAACGCGCACUAGGUUUGCGUUCGCUUUUGCCGAAGACUGUUGGCUUGGACCGAUGGGAGGUGCCGCGUGAACGCGUAGUCAUUAACCGAAAACUCGGAGUUGGUGCAUUUGGAACUGUUUACGGUGGUCAUGCACUCCUCGCCGAGGACCGUGGUUGGACAGCGGUGGCGGUAAAAACCCUCAAAGCGGGUGCAAGCACCGAAGAAAAACUUGACUUCCUGUCGGAAGCCGAAGCAAUGAAACGGUUCGAGCACAAGAAUAUUGUUAAACUAUUGGGUGUCGUAACUAAGACGGAGCCAGUGUGCACUGUUAUGGAGUUUAUGUUGUACGGUGAUCUCAAGAACUACCUCCUGGCGCGUCGGCAUCUAGCCGUGGAGGCGGGUGCUGAUACCGAUGAACAAGUUUCUGCUCGCCGUCUGACUUCCAUGGCAUUAGAUGCUGCACGUGCUUUAUCUUAUUUAGCUCAACUGCGCUACGUGCAUCGCGACGUCGCGGCAAGAAACUGCCUAGUGAGCGCAAGACGCGUCGUCAAACUCGCUGACUUUGGAAUGACACGUCUCGUUUUCGAAAACGAUUACUACCGUUUUAGUCGAAAAGGAAUGCUGCCCGUCAGGUGGAUGGCGCCAGAAAGUCUAGCACUCGGCGUAUUCUCGCCCGCUUCAGACGUAUGGUCUUUUGGAGUGCUCCUAUACGAAAUUGUCACUUUUGGCUCGCUUCCCUUCCAAGGACUAAGCAACAGCGAGGUCCUAGAAAGAGUCAAGGCUGGAAAUACUUUAGAUCUACCUUCGGGCUUGAAACCGCAAUUGGAAGGGCUGAUUCGGUCAUGUUGGCAGCAGGAUUACAAGGCUCGCCCAACUGCCUCAGAAGUGGCGGCAUUUUUGGCUGACUCACCACGUCUUCUGUCGCCAUGCUUGGAUGUUCCACUUGACGCGUUGCCUCUGGAUGCUGAGCCUCCAUGGCGUCUUCCACGGGAAAGGGCCGAGGCUCGUUGGGUGUCAUGGGCUGCGCCUGCGUCAGCUGAUACUGACACCACCUACCUCAGCGCCGAGGGACCUCGGGAGACAGACCAGUUCCUACCAUGAGCCAGUUGGAGCGAGUCUCGAACCACUCUACAAAACGUCACUGUGAUCAAGGCGGAGGUUAUUCGCCAACAUACCUCGAAUUGAAUUAUCAUUCCAAAAUAUUCUAGUCAUAUUUUAGCAGCUCAAUUGUUUUGUAAAUAUUAUUAUUAUGAUGAUUAUGCCUCGAUUUUACUAAAUUACCAUAACUGCUGUAACUGUAACAACGCCUCUGGUGCAACCCACCCUUAGCGUUAAAAAUCAAUUCAAUAUUGAAUUGUUAUUUUUGUUUUAAUUACCUUUGUAAAAUUGAGGCUUACUUAUUAGUUAAGUAAGAAAGACUACUUAUUAUUUAUUUUGUUAAUGUAAAUGUCAUUUAUCUAAGGUAAAUGCACUGACCUCCAUUAUACACUUGUAUAUUGGAGAUCAGUGGAUAAAUGUAAAAUGGCUCUUUAACAUUGGAGGUUGAUUGGAGGUAAGUACCUACUUUUGUUCUGAUUUCAAUUUUUUUUUAUUAAGCUAUAAGUGAGUACCUAACUUGUUUUUGCGUAUUUAUUACUUUAGUAAGUAGGUACUAAUAAUUUUGUAACGUAUAUCUGGAAAAUAUAAAAAGUACUCAGAUAAUAUGGGUAGUUACAUGACUUUAGAGCGCUUACGCCGCUUACAGACGAAAGUCACUCAAUUAGCCGCGUACUGACCAAGCGAGCAGCCUCGCGAGGCAAUUGCUCUGUUGCAGGACGUGCCUAGUGAGCGCGGCAAACGUUUAACGUACCGAGGCGCCUUUGAGCAUCGACAAAAACCGACAACGCUCGGCUCGGGCCGCGGCACGCUCGGGCGAGGAAACGCAUGCGUUUCCCUCGGGCGAGGCACGUCCUGACCGACCGAGCAACUGUCUCACGAGGCUACCGCGCGAGGCUGCUCGCUUGGUCAGUACGCGGCUAUUGUCGACGGCACGCUUCGUCGACUGAGUGAAAAAAAAAUUAACAAAAUUGUGAAAGGCUCAUAGUCAAAAUCAUA